AAUAUUCAGAAAAACUGAAAAAAGAAAAAAAAACUUAGAAAAACAGACUUUUUUCUUCUUUUUUUGAAGUGAAUGCAAUACGCUUCCGUACAAUAACACUAAAUUAAAAAACAGAUAAGAUAAACUUUCCAUCCAACUACAUACCCAAGGAGGCAGAAUUUAAAAACCAGUGAGUGAUGUUGAUGAUGAUGAUGAUGAUGAAAACAACUUGGGGCAGCAGACGCAGAGCAGCGUGGGAGUGGCCAACAGCGCUGUUAGGUUUUAAACCCACACGUGGUCCUGGUCUUGGGCUUGUUUAGCAGCACACACACCGACUGGAAACUUCUGGGGACACACAUACACACAGACAGAGAGAGAGAGAGAAACGAUCAUACCAUAACCCUGCCGUAAAAAUGCCAUCUUACCCCCUCAACCAGUUUGCUGACCUGGAAGAGAUGAUGUGCAAGCAAUUAUUUAAUCUGGACCUGAGGGACCAGAGCAGGCAGCUAGCAUCACUCAGUCUGGCAAUGAGAACACCAGGAUGCAUCGGUCAGCCACGCAGCAACAACACAUCUUUUUCCCUCUCAUCCCUCUCCUGCCUACCCACGGAUUCUCCAGACAGUGUGUUUCAGUCCUCCAACCAGUGGGGGCAGCAGUCAGAAAGCCCUCUGCCUUCCCAGCUUCCCAAUUCCACCCAGUGGGGAAAGCAAGGCUUCCUGUCCCAGCGGUCAGUCAGCAUGGUAGAGACCAGUAGCACCACAGCAGCAAGUCUAGGCUCCCAAAGUGACUCCUGCUCGCCCACCUCAUCCUCAUCACGCUAUAAGACUGAACUGUGUCGCUCCUUCACUGAGAACGGCUUAUGCAAGUAUGGUGGGAAGUGCCAGUUUGCCCACGGGCACGAUGAGCUGCGGGAUUUAAGCAGACAUCCAAAGUACAAAACUGAGCCAUGUCGUACAUUUCAUACCAUCGGCUUCUGCCCCUAUGGGAUCCGCUGCCACUUCGUCCACAACAACGAGGAAGAAAUGAAACACUCCCUCUCCCGUUCCUCCUCAACUUCUUCCUGCUCUUCAAGUGUUCUCCCGCAGCCCAUGCCCCCCUCUCGCACGCAUAGACCCCCUCUUGUCAGACAGAGCUUCAGCUUUGCUGGGUUUCCGUCUGCUCCCCAGCAGGCCCUUCAGCCUGCCCUUCCUGUUCAUCCUCCUCCCGCAACCAACGCUUUCACACGUGCUCCCUCAGCCUCUCCUCCUUCCUGCGCUGACAUUACCGACCUCCUCUCUCAUGCCUUCCUGGAGAUGGACUCUGCCUUCGAGGCCUCCCCUGUCCACCAGUACCCACCCGGCAUGGGCCAGGCCACUCCAGCAGAUCCAAGGUCUCCAUUUCUGCCUUCCCCAGAUUCUGGCUGUUCUCCAUGUGGCCUGUCUCCGACCGCUUCCCCCUCCCUGAGGCAGAGUCCCGGUGCCACUGGGGUCUUCUCAGGGCCGCUUGGAACCAGAUCCCUGUCCUACACGUCCCUGUCGGACCAGGAUCAGGAUGGAGGAAGCAGCUCUGCUAGCUCACUCAGCGGCUCCGAUUCCUGCAAUACUGAUGCUAACGGCAAACGUCUGGCCGUAUUCAGUCAGCUCUCUGUUCCCGAGGAUGCUACUGGGUUCUGCCUUUAGGCUGUAGUGUGCUGGGACACACAAACACACGCAUAUGCACACAUACACAUACAUGCAGACACCAUAACAUAUGUAUAUGCAGUACACACAUGUCCAGAUUCAAGCGCAGCCACCCCUAUAAAAUGCACACUUUUCCUCGCGCACACAGCCACUGGAGUGACAUUUACUUUAGACACUGUUUGUGGUGUCAAAGGAAACAAAGACUGACUAAGAACGCUCAGAGAGAUUUGCCUGUUAGAUUAAUGUGGUUAAAAUUUCACUGUUAUGUGCGUAAGGGAAGCCAGAAUGAUGGUGAAACUAAAACGUGUGUCGCCACCACCAAAACAGAGUAAACAUAUCAAGAUAGAAGUUGAUGCUUUAUCAAAAUGGUAAGAUGAAAUGGCAAAUCGCGACAAAAAAUAUUGUAAUCACAGUGUGAUGGGCCUCGGGGGCCAACUGUUGUUUAGUCCAACCACACAAUCCAUUUAUACUUCUGUCAACAUCUUGUGAACGAUCAAAAGAAUGUGAUACAGCCAAAGACAUCUGUUUGUAGCUUUUGAUUAUGGUGGGAAAACACACAAUGUGACCUAUGUUUAGGAAGUGUUGUUUGUUAUAUUUUUCCAUUAACUGUACGCAGUAGUAUUGUUUAUAAGCUAGUGAAAGUGUUUUCCUCAUAACUGUGCAGUCUGAGGUUAUGUUUGGAUAACUGGCCUCGACUAGAAGGCCUUAAACCUGAAUGUUAAGUUUUUUAACAGAUGAAGUGCCUGUAGUGUUUUUUAACAGGUCAUGUUACAGUGUUGAUCCAAGAUUUUCUGGUUCGUUAGGAAAGAUGUGAAGUGAGGUGAACGUUUUUUGUUGUUGUAUUUUUUCGGUCAAGUUGUGAAGAGAGUUGCUCUUCUAUCUCAAGUGCAUUAUUGACAAACUACCACCAAGUGACCAAAUUCACGCUGCUUUGCAGUCAUAGAGGAGAGGGACUCAGUUUGACGUUACAAAAUAAGCCAAGUUCAUUGUUCAUGUCAUAUCGUUAACUGUAUGAUUUACUGACUAGAAAGACCAUUUUUUUAAGGCUCUGAUCUGUAAAGUGUCACUGAAGUAACAGCUGGCAUUUUGUUUAUUUAGAUAUGUUUAUUUUGAUACGCAAGACACUUGGCUUAGAUGUGAAGUCAAUCAAGAGAACGUUUCCUCAAAGACUUUGUUUUUUUAUAGUCUUGAGCAUGUUUCCUAAAAUGUUGUGGUGCUAAUCUGUAUUUUCGAUGAUUUUUAACAUUCCCAGGAUCUGGGUUUUUCUUUCCUUCUCCUCAGUCAGGUAUAGGCACAGCACUGGUGUCAUGUUUUCAUGACUCUCACCCCCACUAUUUCCCAUCUCUCUUCUUUCAUUCAGUAUUAAUUCUUCCUGUUACGGCUUCCUACUGUUAUGAAUGUGUAGCGUCCUGGUCACAAUUCACCUGAUCGUGUGCCAAGGCCCGUUGCCUUACCGAGCUAGAUCCAGCAUACUGUAGGGUUAGUGUUUUAAAAAUGUUACUCGGCUGUUUUUGUGUGUUUAUUAUGUAGUUGGUUAGACGAACAGACUGUCCUGUUACUGCUCUAUUUAAAAUUGCCUUUUCAUCAACAUGUUUGAGGCCUGUUUAGUGUUAGUAAAUUAAUUUCUUUAAUUUAUUUUAACGUAUUUAUAGAGGACUGAGUUGUUAAUGCUUGUAUCAAGUUUAAUAUAUUUAGGUUUCUUUUGCUUUUUUUUUGU